AUUAACCCUAAAGUGUUCAUGACGAUGAAAGAAGUUCAUAUCAGUCGAGUUUUGCCUAUUGCUGCCAGGAAGGUUCUCUCCCAGCCGCUAGCUCUUUCUCUUCGGCGCUUUUGUUGCUUGUAGCCGAGGAGGUUUUGAAUCUGCAAAUUGGUGGUUGGCCGAUAGAGUUGAGACAGCUUAUUGCUUAAAUGAUGUCGUAUUGGAUAGUGCUUUGAUAUAUUUUGCAAAUGGCUGCUGAUCAAUGGAAGAAACGUAUGAAUGCUGUAACCGUAGUUGGUUGCUCUCAGGACCAAAAUGGUUCUAAAAAGAGGAGACUUGGAGUAACUGAAUUUGGUUUUAAGAUGAGAUGUAAUGUCUCUCUUGUUUGGGAUGAGAAGAAAAAAUGUGUUGUUCCUAAGCGCAAUCAGAUUUGCAUUUCAUGGAGAGAUAUCAUUCCUUUUUAUGGUUCUGUUCCACACCACCACAGUAUUUUGGCUGAUGUUGUCACUGUGCCACAAGAAAUUUUUGAUUUGGACAAUUUAGCUGAAGUCCUUUCACAUGAGGUUUGGCAGACUUGUUUGUCUGACAAUGAGCGGAGCCUUCUUAUAAAAUUUCUUCCUAGAGGAACUGAUGCACCUAGACUGGUGCAUGAUUUGCUUGGAGGGGAUAACUUUCACUUUGGAAAUCCUUUCCUUCAAUGGAGUCGUUUUCUAUGCUCUGGCAAUUUACAUCCUGAUGGUAUCAUCCGCCAUCACCAAUCUAUCAAGUCUCAUAAAAAGGCUUACUAUAUGGAGUUGCAAAAUUACCAUGUCAAUAUGAUUGAGAACUUGAAGACCUGGAGGGACAAAUGGGUAAGCUGCAGGAACUUUGACGAACAAAUUGUGAAGAUUUUACGAAGGUCAAAAAAGCCUCAUGGGAAAAGAGGGCAUAUCUUAGAAUUUGAUGCUGAAGAAAAUCUUGUUAUCACACCUGAGUAUUCUUGGGCUGCUGGAGACAAAGAUUUUAGUAGUGACAGUCCAAACCCAUCAGUGUUGCAGGGAGCUAGUGAAAGGAGAAAAAUUAGCAUGGACAACCAAUAUGGAAAUUCAUUGGAUUGGAGUGAUAUGUCAAAGCAUAAUAAUGGAGAGCAGUUACAGAAAUGUAACAUACAACAGAUAGAUGGAUCGAAAUAUAUGUCUUACAUUAAGGUUAGCAAGGAGCACUAUCAACGCAUUAAGAAUAGCCUGAAGCAUAAUAGCAAUAGCAUCCACUCAAGGGCCCUAAACAAUGUUCUAGGUAACAUAGAAAAUCUCCAUGUGAAGCCCUUUGAAGCAUACGAGGAAGAAGAGACGCAGAAAUUACAUGAACACUGGAUGCAAUUGGCAAAAAGAGAUCUUCCUGAACAUUAUUCAAACUGGUUGAAGAGACAAUUAAAAAAAGGGCAUGUGAGGGACUCUAUAUGUCAUGAAAUUAAAGCAAAGCUGAGAUCCCUUAGUCAGGAUAGCUUGAGAGUAUUUUAUGAUCUCAAGUCUAUGGAAAUGAUAAGCAAAGAAGUAACAGAAAUUGCACCCACAUUGACAGCAGAGGGUGUCGAGGAUGACGAGGAAGGUACACCCAAUAGGUUUCUCCUACAUCCAAUUGAUAACAAUGAUGCGGGAGAUCACAGCUCAUCCAUUGUGUUGGUGGAGGAGGAAGAAACAGAUGAGCCUAUUUGCAUGGUUCAGGAGAAGGUCCAUUUUAACACUGCUACUACCAUCAAAGGCGAUAGUUGGUCCAGCUCUAGUUCUGAGCCAUAUGAGCAGGUGCAUCAAAUGGUCCCUCUUAGUGUCACUAAUGAGUUCUACCAGCUGGAUCCAGAACCAUGUGAUGAUGAUAUCAUAAAAAAAAUUGACAAAGAGUCUCCAUCAGUGUCAGAAUCAUUGAACAAAGAUGCCUUAAAUCAGGGGAGUCCUCUUUCUUCUAAUAAUAGCAUUUGGCCAGUCACUAGCAUGCCUAGGGGGGUCUUUAAAGCUACCUCAAUGAAUGAUGAAUACCGUGCUUCUGUGGAGCUGCUGCCACUAUCACAUCCGCAAGUUAUGGAUGAUCGAGCUUCCCACUUUGUUGAAGGGCUGUCAUGUAAAAAAGAAAUUGGGAAGGAGAGGUUGCACGGAGAAUCUAACAAUGUAUCUUUUAUCGGCUCUUACCAUGAUGACCGUAGUGAUGGUUUGCAAUCGUUCAUAGAGGGUGAUUCCCCUGGGUCAGUUCACAACAAGCAGGAACAUUCUUCACUGACUUUUCAUCCAAGAAGCGCCAAUUUAAUUGCAGAACCUUCUCAAUUUUCCGGCUCUUUGGUGCUGAGGCAAGGGGAACAUAGCGAUCUUUAUAUGCAGCAUCAGGAUGUUCUUGGAAAUGAGUACUCUGUUGGAGGCACAUAUCCAUUUCCACGAAGGCAUGGGAACUUGAAUGUCGCUAUGCCCGAUUGGGAUAUGAAUUCUAUUCGCAUGCCGGCGGCACAAAUUUCUAAUCCAAAUGGUUGUGGUGAUGUGUUGUUGGGUCAGAAUUGGUUCUCGGGUGAGAAUCGAGAACGUGGCGUCUGGUCUAGUUUGGAAAGCAGAGUUGGUCAAUCCCAAUGCACAAAUGGAAAUGCUUCUGAUCAGAGCUUAUUCAGUGUUGUAUCAGAGUGUAAUGAGUUGUGUCGUGGCAUCUCCUAUGAUACGGUGGGGUCCACCGAGCGGUUCAUGCUGCCCAGGAACUAUGGUCCGAUGGGCAUACAAAGUCCUUCAGGAGCAAACACGCAACAACCACCUGGUAAUAAUCUUCUGCUUACCUAUCUAAGCAGCCAUGAAGCUUCUGUCAGUUUUCCUACUACCAACCACAACAUGGGAUGGGUUAAUAAUGCAUCAAACCAGAGUUCCGGGUUACAGGAUUCAUUGGCUAAACCAUAUUUUUGAAGUCUUGGAGUCAAUAAUGGAUCUUUUUGGAAGACCGCUCUGUCUGCAGUUUUUUGAAGAGAACAUGUAGGCCAGAGCACUGGAGUCAGAUAACGGUAGUCUACUAAAAAAAGACGUCACGCACGGUGAGAUGAAUGGGAGCUCUAGUACACUAGUAUCAUUAUGGAUACAUUGACAAGAACAAACCCAUUUCAUGUACAUAUUGUUGGGAAUAAAAUUCCGGACAAAAAUGCAAUACAAUUUUUUUAAUGAAUCUGGAUAUUGUUCCUCUAAAGAUUGCUUAGAGCACUGGAAAUACGUUUGAAGCUCGGAGCUUCAAACUUGUGUUUCAAACCUUCUCUCAUUGCCACAUCAGCUUUAACCCUCAUUUAUCUUACAUCAUAGUUUCAGUGGAAAUAACUUUGAAGUCCUGGAGUUUCAAAUUAGGGUUUCAAAUAUUUAUUUUUUAAUUUUUAAUACACUGUAAAAGUAAAUUACUAAUAAGAAUUCAUUAAUUAAUUAAAUUUAAAUGACAAUAGUACAUUAAAUAAAAUAAAUUACAUUACAUUAUGAACGCAAGUUGCGCCUCAAGCCAUUCGGUUGAGGGCACGUAUGCUUGGGUGUCAUGCAUUAUGUCUCCCCUCUCGUGUGUGGAGUGGGAAUAGAU